CUUAAAUCCGAGGAUCAGUUUUUGAGAUUUUCCAAUACUUUCUUUUAAAGUUUUGAUUUUAUUUCCCCAGUAUCAGAGGAUUGCUUAUACGUUAGCUUUUUGUGUGACAGUCUAGAUAUAACACCACAUUAACAAGCAUGCAUUUUGGAUUAUAUUUCAGGUUUUAGUAAAAAAGACAUGACAACGUUCAUAGUGAAGCACGUGCUGGCCAUUGUUGUCAUCUUGGCCAGUUUACUUUAUCUUGUACAAGCUGAGCGGGGACAGUUUUAUGGCGGAUCAAUGAGCUACAAAUUGGAGAAGCAAGUCAACGGUAGCAAUCUGGUGACCAUCGAGUUAAUUACAGGGUGGGUACUAGGGAAAGGUCCCUGUGGUCCAGCUUGUAACAGCACAGACAUAGGUAGAUCUACACGCUCUACAAGACCAUUAAUGACGAGAACAUAUUCAGACUAUCUAGGGACCUACACGUUGGAUUAUUCAAACAAGACUGCCGGUAAAACGGAUACUGUAGACAUGAAUGCGUUAGUACUCUCAACAUACAAUGAAACUGUAAUAGCCAUUAGCGACUACGGGAAAUGGGAACAGGAACUUCUUCAUUUUAGCUUCUUAAUGCCACCUGGAAUAGAAAAAUUAGAUGUAAAUUUUGAAGGAAUAUCAUGGCGGAAAUUAACAUUGCAACACGGAUCUAGCAAAUGGCAUUUUCAAACCACUGUAACAACAGCUUUGCGUAGUGAUACGGGGAAACCUAACCUAAAUCCUCGGUCAUUUGCAAAACCGUUCUAUAGGGUUGAAUUAGGCACAGUCGCAGAAAUACACAUUCCAGCCGUUGAUGAUGAUGGAGAUUUUAUUAAAUGUGAAAUAGCAGCAUAUGUUGAGGGAGGUUAUAUUGCAAGCCAUCCACCGCCAAAUGUACAGGUCUUCGAAAACUGUACAGUAUCAAUCAAUACAUCAGAGUCUAGCAACUACACAGAUGACUCAUGGAUCGCCAUGCCAGUCAGUGUGAGGGAUUACAAUAGGAAGAAGAUUAUUUAUGGCACGGACGAUUACUGGCCAUAUAAAUUUUCAAUGAGUGCAAAUGCUUUGCAGUUUGUUGUACAAGUGUUAGCUAAUUUGAUUACACCGGACUUUGUAGAACCAACGCAUGAGGGCAACCAUAUAUUUAUCAUGUAUGCUGACACAUCACUGAGAAUAGAAAUAUAUGCCGAGGCAGCAGAAAAUACCACAAUUGACAGUUUCACGGCGUUUGGAAUACAGCAUGAAACAUUUAAAUUGUCAUCAAUACAACAAGAUCCGAGACGACCUCAAGUUAAGUAUGCAAUAAUGACAUGGAAGCCGUCUGCUGGCGAAAUCGGACGACACAUAGCAUGUGCUAAUGCACGUGAUAAUACCGGGGUGGAUUCGUCAGAGGAAAGAUGCUUCGUAUUGGAUGUAAAAGGUGAUGUCUUCAACCAUACCACUCAAGCUUUUGUGGGGAAACCAUACUUUGUUGACAUCCCGUCACCAGAUCAGUUUGUUGACUGCAAAGUGCAUUCGACGUGUGUGGUAGCAUUAUAUGUCAAAUCAACGAUCGAAGUUUUAGAUGUACACGUGACUGAAAGCUACAUAGAUAAGUAUGAGUUGGGUCCAAUACAGGUCGUGCCACAUAAAGGUGAAACAAUGUACAAAACGGACCUUUCAUUUGAGCAUUCAUUGUACGGGAAGGAACAUAUCUGCUUCAUGGCAAGAAACAAAAAUGGUGUUGAAAGUGAGAAUGUUUGCAUACAGAGCAAAAUAGAACCUCCAGGUAAGUGAAAAAUAUGUGAUUGAAAAAGAAAAUAU